AUGUCGACUUAUAUUGUCACGGGAGCCACAGGCCACCAGGGCGGCGCAGUGGUCAAAUACCUGUUAGCUGCUGGGGUAAAGGUUCACGCCGUGGUUCGAGACCAGACAUCCCCAAAAGCAAAAGCUCUUCAGGACAAAGGUGUUGUUCUCUUCCGGGGCACCCACGAAGAGCCAGAAACAGUGUUCCGCGCCGCGGCCGCAGGUUGCACUGGUGUCUUCCUCAAUCCAACUGUGUUUGAGCCUGGCAAGGCCAAGGAACAGGCUGAAAGGAUCAUAAAUGCUUGCAAGGCGGGCGCGGGUGAGACUCUCACAACCAUCGUCUUAUCGUCCACCUCGCGCGUGGACGAGAUGAGUACAAAUCUUGCUUUGCCAUCAUCCGUGCACCCAUGGUUGGGGCAAUACUAUACGGCAAAGGCGGAGGUCGAGACUGCGGUUCGGGAGAGCCAAAUUCCAAACUUCACGAUCCUCCGCCCACCAGUGUUGGCUUAUGAUUUUUUGAUGCCAAAUUCAGCUUUGUCUCACGGAUAUCCAGCACUUCCCCGCCUAGGAACGUACGUGACCUCCUUGGACGACAGCAAGACUAUGCCGUAUCUCGAUGAGGCAGAUGUAGGCAAGUUUGCAGUAGCAGCGCUGCUAGACCCCGCCAAAUUUAGCGGCCACGCAUUCGAUAUGGCAAGCGAUAACCUUACGGCACGGGAAGUGACCGAUAUCUUGACCCGGGUUAGUGGCAUCGACAUUAAAUUUCAUAAGCGCACGUCUGCCGAGCUGGAGGAGACAGCGAAUACAGAAUUUUUCCAAGUGUUCGAGAAGUUGACGAAUAAGUCCCCGAGGCAUGUUAAUGUUGAGGCGUUGGAGGCGAAGUAUGGCAUCAAGUUGACCAGGUUCGAGGACUACUUGCAGGCAAACAAGGACAAGUUGAUGGACUCGCUUCCGCCCCGGUCGCUUCCUGCAGUUGCUGCUUUGGACGGACACUGA